GCAGAUCUACAGGUGAUGGUGACAGAGGGACAGAGUGUGAUACUGACCUGUAGCACCACCUGCACUCUGACUGGCAGCGCAGCCUUCAUCUGGUACAGGGACGGAUCUCCUCUGUUCUUCGCCAGUCAGGCACACCAGUUCACAGCCAGCAGUGAAGAUGCAGGCAGAUACUCCUGUGCUGUGAAAGGCUAUGAGCUUCAUUCCCCUGCAGUGGCUCUUAAUGUGAGAUAUCCUCCGAAGAGCGUCUCAGUAUCAGUGAGCCCCUCUGGUGAAAUAGUGGAGGGCAGUUCAGUGACUCUGACCUGCAUCAGCGAUGCCAACCCACCAGUGCAGAGAUACACCUGGUAUAAGAAUUAUAGAGCUGUAUCCUCAUUGAGAGCAUCAGAACGGAGUUACACCAUUAAUAAAAUCAGCUCCUGGGAUGCUGGAGAAUACUACUGUGAGGCACAGAAUGCGAUUGGGACAAAAAGAUCUCCUACUAAACAUCUUGAUGUGCAGUAUCCUCCGAAGAACGUCUCAGUAUCAGCGAGCCCCUCUGGUGAAAUAGUGGAGGGCAGUUCAGUGACUCUGACCUGCAGCAGCGCUGCCAACCCACCAGUGCAGAAAUACACCUGGUAUAAGAAUAAUAGAGCUGUAUCCUCAGAGACAGGAGGACCAGAGGACAGUUAUACCAUUAAAAACAUCACACUGCAGGAUGCAGGAGAAUACAUCUGUGAGGCAGGGAAUGCGAUUGGGAGGAAGAGAUCUCCUCCUAAACAUCUUGAUGUGCAGUCUGCUCUACAGGUCACAGUGCAAGGAGGUCAGCCACUGAUCGCGGCUACAGCUGUGGGAGUGGCUGCCAUUUUGGCUCUUGUGUUUCUGGGUGUUGUGUGCGUGAGGAGGAGAAAAUCAACAAAUGAGACAGAAGAGGACAGGCAGGGGAAUAAAAGCCCCAUUUUUGGCAACGUCUCAGGGAUGGCAAUGAGUCACACUGGAACACAGGGUACGGACAGAGACGACGGUGAAGUUCCCCUCUACGCCUCUGUUCAGCCCGCUAACACCCACAACCAGGAUGAGCUUCUACCCUCCACUGUUCAAAAGCCACUCCCCCAGUGUGAGGAGGGUGUUCAGUACGCCAGCAUCCAGUUCCGCCCCUCCAGUGCUGCCCCCAGGUCACCAGCCCCAUCCGUAAAGGAAGACUGUGUUCUCUACAGCACACUUCGAAAACUGGACAUGUGAAAAUAAACCAGGAAGAUAUCUUGCUUCAUAAACUGUCGACCAAUGCUGGUUAUUCAGUGUAAAUUUGGACAUUUCUUUUGAAUGUGUGAGCAUUUUCUGAUUUUUUUCUUGAACAUUAAACAGCAGAUUGUCUGCAAAGUAAGGCGGUAUGAACCAAAAAUUUCCUUCACUGGAUGAUACAUUUAAAAGUAUUUAUUAAAACCAGUGAACAUAAACUCGCCUCAUGAACUCAGGUCACAUGACUGUGCCUUUGUCACAUGACCAGAACGACUGUGGCUCAGAAUGGAUCAUUCCUUUGGCAUUCUAUCAAAAUUUGCAUGCAUAUCAGCUCAUGCCUUCAUUUUGUACACAAAGUAUUAUCAUGAUUUUGGUGACUGAAAGCCAUUAUCAUUGCUGAAUGUAUUCGUUGGCCAAAUAUACUGGAGAAAUGGGCUUUAUAUGUAAUUCAAAGAUUUUUUAAAAUUUUUAUUAAUACUUGCAUAACAUUUACUAUUACAAACAUUCUUGUGCACAUUUUGUGAUUAUAUUAUGCUUAUUACUGAACUGAUCCUGUGUAGAGUGUAAACUCACAUAAUUUAAAUUUGUUCUUCACAUUCAUAGUGUUAAUUUUUUUUUUUUUUUUUUUUGGUUUUUGUAUGACGAAACGUUAGAGCGUACCAUUCAUUUUUUAACCAAUCAUUCAAUGAAACAAACAAAAAAACAUAUGCUUGAAGAAUUUUGUGAGUAGACCAUGUACUGUAGGUGUUACCCCCUGAGUUCUGUUGAUGGAAUAGAACAUGUGCAGGUACAGCACUAAAUGGGCCUUUGACCCUCUGACCUUUAAAAAAAAAAACAUCUCACAGGGUCUGCAGGAUUUCCAAA